CUCCUCCUCACCUCCUCAGUGACUGUGAUGCGCCGCUGUAGGUCGGUGAGAUUUUGUGCCAUGUUUUAAAUAUUUUAUGUUUUCAAAUAACUUUUAAUUAUUUUAAUAUUAUUUAUUUAAACAAAGAGUGUGCCAUUAUGCCGAUUUUACAUUUAGUGUUAAUUUUAUUCGCCACAUUUAUUCAUGUUUCCCCGAAGGAAAGCAAUGAUAUCCUCGUGUACACUGUUGCCACUGACCAAACCAACGGCUUCGACAGAUACCUCCAUUCAGCCAACGAAUUCAACAUUCAACCUCAAAUACUGGGUUUGGGGUACGAAUGGAGAGGUGGCCAAGUCAAAACCCAUCCGGGAGGUGGCUUCAAGUUCAAUUUGUUGAAGAAAGCACUGGAAGAACAUAAAGCCAGCAACAAAUUAAUACUCUUUACAGAUUCUUACGAUGUGAUAUUUUUAGGGAAGAUGGAUGAACUUAUUAGGAGAUUUAAACAAACUGGUGCUAAAAUUCUUUUCGGCGCUGAGCCUUUCUGUUGGCCCGAUCCGAAACUAGCUGAUCAGUAUCCGGAGGCCACCGAAGGAAAAAGAUUCUUAAAUUCGGGAAUGUUUAUUGGAUAUGCGCCUGAAAUUUACAAAUUAUUAACUAGAGAUGAAAUCCAGGAUACAGACGACGAUCAAUUGUAUUGCACCAAAGCGUAUUUGGACCAACAGUUCAGAGACGAAGCUCAAAUCAAGCUGGACCAUAAAAGUGAAAUAUUCCAGAACCUCAACGGUGUAUCAGCUGAAAUCGAAAUCGCUACUCGGCAAGAAAAAGAAGGGGAAGGAGAAUUAUACUACGUCAGGAAUACGUUGACUCGUACUGAACCCUUGGUCGUUCACGGAAACGGUGCAGCAAAAUACACUCUGAACUAUCUCAGUAACUACGUUCCGAACGUAUGGAACUCUGUGGACGGGUGUAAACAAUGCAAGAAGGGAGCGAUCAAUCUCGGUACUGUGGCGACCAAAGAUUUCCCGUCCGUGCUGAUUUCUGUAUUCAUCGAACAAAGCACGCCGUUUUUGGAAGAGAUGUUGCAGAAAGUGUACUUCUUGGACUAUCCUAAAGAAAGGGUUCACAUUUUUAUUCAUAAUUCGGUUAAAUAUCAUAUCGGCAUCGUUAAAGAUUUCGUAGAAAAGUACAGCAACGAUUAUGCAUCGUUUAAACAAAUAACUCCAGAAGAUGGUACACCUGAGUGGACAGCUCGUGAUUUGUCGCUGGAUCACUGUCUCGCCAAAAAAUGUGACGUCUACUUCUCGCUGGACGCUAUAGCGCAUAUAGACAAUCCCUAUACUCUCAAACUGCUCAUCGAACAAAACAGGACCGUUGUAGCUCCGAUGUUGACCAGACCGGGAAAGGCGUGGAGUAAUUUCUGGGGCGCUCUCACCAAAGAUGGAUUUUACUCGAGGUCCAACGAUUACAUGGAUAUUGUUCACAACGAGAAACGAGGUCUCUGGAACGUUCCCUUCAUCUCCAACGCCUACAUCAUCAACGCCACUCUCCUGCGAAAACACGAUCGCACCGUUCUAAACUACACAAAACCCAACUUGGAUGCCGAUAUGGCUUUCUGCAGCAUCUUGCGAGAUUUAGACGUUUUUAUGUACGUAUCGAACAGACUCGAAUUCGGCCAUUUGAUCAACUCAGACACUUUCGAUAUUACGAGAACUGAACCUGACAUGUACCAGAUUUUCGAGAAUGAGAGGGAUUGGGAGGAUAGGUAUAUCAAUGAAGAGUACCCUGAGAAUUUCAAUCCGGAGAAAAAAGAUGCCCAGCCCUGCCCUGACGUAUACUGGUUCCCAAUCGUCUCCAAGAGAUUCAACGAAGCCCUCAUCCACAUGAUGGAGAGCUACGGUAAAUGGUCGUCGGGUAAGAAUGAAGACGAUCGUCUAAAUGGUGGGUACGAGGCAGUUCCCACCAGGGAUAUACACAUGAACCAAGUUGGAUGGGAGCGUCACUGGUUGCACUUCUUGCAAAAAUACGUAAGACCUUUACAAGAAAAGGUUUUCACCGGUUACUAUCACGAUCCGCCGAAGUCCCUAAUGAAUUUCGUAGUGAGGUAUCGCCCAGACGAACAGCCAGAGUUGAGACCACACCACGACAGCUCUACGUAUACCAUCAACAUAGCACUCAACCAAAGAGGUCUCGAUUAUGAAGGUGGCGGUUGCAGAUUCAUCCGAUACAACUGUAGCGUCGUGGACACCAAACCAGGAUGGCUGUUAAUGCAUCCUGGACGACUGACCCACUUCCACGAAGGAUUGCGCGUUACCAAAGGCACAAGAUAUAUAAUGAUUGCGUUUGUAGAUCCAUAAACAGUAGAAAUAUUUUACUUAAUGUGUACUUUAUUGAUACAACGAAGUUUAUUAAUAUUUUCUUUAGUCAAAGCUGUAUACGAGAAUAAUGUGAAAAGUUCUAGCUGCCUGUUGCUGUAUUGUUGAAUUUUUCCUGUGCAAAUCAGAAUUUUUCUUCUUCAUUUUUUCAUGUAUCUGAUCAAAAACUUAUGCGUAGUAUUAUUCAUUAAUUGUUUAACUAUACAAAGAUAUCUAACUAAAAAAAAUAAUUUAGAAUUACGGAAAACACUGAUCAUAACUUUUCCAGUAGAUCUGGAUAGAAAGUAAUAGAGAUAUUUUUAAUAGAAAGUAACCAAUAUUAGAUACUUUUAUGAGUUCCUCGGUGAACUGAAGUGACUUUUUGUCUUCAGAAAGCGUAGACAGUGUCCUGAUACGUUGCUGAGUAUUACUUUGCAACAAGUUUACCAAUCUAACAACAUCAGUAACUUUAAUAGUAACAGUACCCUCUAGUAGGGCUACUCUUAGAACUUUUUGCCUUCUUCUCGUAAAACACGUAGCAUUUCUAAUUUUUUGAACAUAUCUGUAUCAAUAUUACAUCGAUUAAGUUGUAGUACUAGUCAGUUUUACUCUCUAACUUAGCAAACAACUACUUAACAAAUCUAACACAGUGUUAAUAUUCUGCUAAGCUUGUCCUGUUCCUUUUUUUCUCUGUUUGUAGGUCUUAAAGUUUGAAACGAACAAUUUUGUAAUUAGUUUUAGGAAAAAAUAAACUAUUUUGAUAAAAA